AUGGAAAACACGCUGAGAGCUGCGUGUCCACAGGGCGGAGGUCGAGGAAGGAAGAGGGGGCUCGGACCAGGAGCAGUGGCCGCGGCUAACGGCGCAGAGCUGUGCGUGGGCGACGGCACUGCAGGCCUGCGCCAUUACGUCCCCCGGCGCGUCUGCCUCCCCGCUGGAGGCAAAGCUGGUAAGGACAGUGGGAAGGCCAAGGCGAAGGCAGUGUCUCGCUCGCAGAGGGCUGGGCUACAGUUUCCCGUGGGCCGCAUCCACAGACAUUUGAAGACACGCACCACAAGCCACGGAAGGGUCGGCGCCACCGCGGCCGUGUACAGUGCCGCAAUCCUGGAGUACCUCACUGCUGAGGUGCUGGAGCUGGCGGGCAAUGCUUCCAAGGACCUCAAGGUAAAGCGCAUCACCCCCCGCCACCUGCAGCUCGCCAUCCGGGGGGACGAGGAGCUGGACUCGCUUAUCAAGGCUACCAUCGCUGGGGGCGGUGUGAUCCCUCACAUCCAUAAGUCUCUGAUUGGAAAGAAGGGUCAGCAGAAAACUGCUUAGAGAAUUAUUUUAACUCUCUUGCUCCCUGUCAUUGUACUGUAACUAGGACAGAAGAAAUAUUGGGGAUAUAUGGAAUUUUAAGAAAUUAAAUGGAACAGCAUAGAUAAUUACUGUAGACAUGGUAAGAGAAACAUUUGUACAUUCUAGAUUCGAAGUUUGAUAAAAGUAUCUUUUCACGUGGCAACAGUUGUGUAUUGAUUGGCUGGAUUUCUCCCAUGUAUUUUAUACAAAAAUGGAAUUGAUAAACCAUUUUAUACAAAAAUAA